UUAUCAGUCCUUUGCAGUUGAAUCGUCUAACAAUAACAUUCACAAACUAUGAAAAAAAUGGUCAAUCUUUUGUCUGGUCUCUUUCUUUUUUUGCUCUCAAUGCAUUGUUUCGUUGCUUGCUUAGCUUCAAAUACAAAAAACAUCACUACAGAUAAAUAUGCUCUUCUAGCAUUCAAAUCACUUAUUACUUCAGAUCCCUAUGAUAUUUUGGCUAAUAAUUGGUCAACAUCCUCUCCUAUAUGCAGUUGGGUUGGUGUAACUUGUGAUGAACGACACAAUAGAGUCUAUGGUUUGAAUCUCACAAACAUGAACCUUAGAGGUACUAUUUCCCCGAGCAUUGGGAAUAUGUCGUUUCUUGUUAUACUUGACCUCCACAACAAUAGCUUUGGUGGUCAAAUGCCUAAAGAGAUAUGUUGGUUGCGCCGGUUAAAGUUUCUUCGUUUUAGCAUGAACAAGUUUGUUGGAGAAAUUCCUGCAGCGUUGGGGGAAUUAUCGCAACUUCAAUAUUUACGUCUUGGAAUUAACAAUUUUAAUGGUUCUAUUCCCCAAUCUAUUGGUAACCUUCGUCGGUUGAAAUUGUUUACCGUUGUUAAAAACAUGUUCUCUGGAUUGAUACCUCAAACAAUUUCAAAUAUGUCUUCACUUGAAUAUGUCGGCUUCUCUUCUAACUACUUUUCAGGAAACAUCCCACCAUCAAUUGGAAACUGCACAUCCUUGAUAGACGUAUUUUUAGAUACGAACUUUUUCACAGGUUCGAUACCAAAGGAGAUUGGCUAUCUUGAUAAACUUGAAAUUCUUAUAUUAGCAGAAAAUAGCUUCAGUGGAUCUAUUCCUUCCAACCUCAUGAACAUGUCAUCAUUGAAACAAUUGGAGUUUGAGCAAAAUUACCUCUCAGGAAUUAUUCCAUCAAAAACAGGAUAUAACCUUCCUAACCUACAAUAUCUACACUUGAAUAACAACAAUUUUGUUGGAAAUAUUCCAAAUAGCAUAUUCAAUUCUUCUAAUCUCAUUGGAUUUCAAUUGCAUUCCAAUGCAUUUAGUGGAACUCUACCCAAUAUUGCUUUUGGAGGUUUAAGGUUCCUCAAAACAAUUUUCAUACAGGACAACAACUUGAUAAUAGAAGAUUCUCUUCAGUUCUUUACUUCCUUGACGAAUUGUAGAUAUUUAAAUAUUCUAGACUUAUCAGGAAAUCAUAUACUAUCCAAUCUUCCUAAGUCAAUCGGAAACAUAACUUUAAUGUACUUUUUGGCAGAUUCAUGUGGAAUUGAUGGUAAUAUUCCUCUAGAGGUUGGAAACAUGAGUAACUUGCUAUCUUUUUCUGUGAAUGGGAAUAAUAUAAAUGGAUCAAUACCUGGCACAUUUAAAGAUUUACAUAAACUUCAGGGAUUGGAUCUUAGAAACAAUGGACUACAAGGAUCAUUUGUUAAGGAGCUUUGUCAAAUUGACAAUUUGGAUGAGUUGUAUUUAGAAAGUAAUAAGCUUUUUGGUGUUUUACCAACAUGUUUGGGAAACAUGACUUCUCUAAGAAAAUUAUACAUAGGAUAUAACAAUUUGAACUCUACGAUACCUUCCUCUCUUUGGAGUCUCAGAGAUAUCUUACAAGUAGAUUUGUCCUCUAAUGCUUUCAUUGGUAAUAUUCCACUUGAGAUUGGAAAUUUCAAAGCAAUUAUACUAUUAGACCUAUCUAGAAAUCAUAUAUCAAGCAACAUACCUACAUCCAUCAGUUCCUUAAGAAAUUUGCAAAAUCUGUCCUUAGCUCAUAACAAAUUGUAUGGAGAAAUUCCCACAUCACUUGGUGAAAUGAUUAACUUGUUCUCUUUGGACUUGUCCCAAAAUAUGAUAACUGGUGUUAUUCCAAAAUCCUUAGCAUCGCUUUUGUAUCUUCGAAACAUCAAUUUAUCAUAUAAUAGACUACAAGGAGAGAUUCCUGAUGGUGGACCUUUCAAAAAUUUCACAGCUGAAUCAUAUUUGCAUAAUGAAGCACUUUGUGGCGAUCCUCGCCUACAAGUCCCUCUGUGUGAUAAACAAGCUAAAAAAAUGUCAAUGAAAAAGAAUCUAUUACUCAAAUGCAUACUUCCCAUACUUGUGUCAACCAUUUUUGUUGUUGCAUGCAUAAUACUUGUAAAACUUAAUAAAAGGAAAAUGGUUGAAAAUACUCUUGAAAGAAAUUUAUCAACUCUUGGAGCUCCAAGAAGAAUUUCUUAUUAUGAGCUUGUGCAAGCAACAAAUGGAUUUAAUGAGAGUAAUUUGCUUGGAAGGGGAGGAUUUGGGUCUGUGUAUGAGGGGAAGCUUUCAAAUGGUGAGAUAUUUGCGGUUAAAGUGAUUGAUUUGAACUCGGAGGAAAAAUUACGGAGCUUUGAUCGAGAAUGCAAUGCAUUGAGAAAUCUACGGCAUCGAAAUCUGGUUAAGAUUAUCAGCAGUUGUUCAAAUAUUGAUUUCAAAGCAUUGGUGAUGGAGUUCAUGUCAAAUGGAAGUGUGGAAAAAUGGUUAUAUUCAAAUAAUUGUUGUUUAAAUUUCUUGCAAAGGUUAAAUAUAAUGAUAGAUGUUGCAUAUGCAUUGGAAUAUCUCCAUCAUGGUUCUUCAAUACCUGUGGUCCAUUGUGAUCUAAAGCCUAGUAAUGUCUUGCUGGACGAAGAUAUGGUUGCACAUGUUAGUGAUUUUGGUAUUGCCAAACUCAUGGAUGAAGGACAAUCUAAAACUCAUACAGAGACUUUGGCUACUAUUGGAUAUCUUGCACCAGAGUACGGAACUAAAGGAAUUGUUUCUAUCAAAGGAGAUGUAUACAGCUAUGGGAUUAUGCUAAUGGAAAUCUUUACAAGAAGAAAGCCAACAGAUGAUAUGUUUGUAGAAGACCUAACUUUGAAGACAUGGAUCAGUGAAUCAUUGCCUAAUUCAAUUAUGGAUGUCUUGGAUUCUAGGUUAGUCCAACAAAAUGGGGGGAAAAUUGAUGACAUAUUGAGUUGCAUGUCAUCUAUUUUUGGUUUAGCCCUGAAUUGUUGCAAAGAUUCACCUGAAGAAAGAAUUAAUAUGGAAGAUGUUAUCAAGAUGCUAAUCAAAAUCAAGACUAUGGUUCUUGAUGAAAACAUGGUCUAGUUAUUUUAAUUUUUCCAAGUUAGUGUUAAUUCAUUGGAAUGUAUAUUUAGAUAAUUUUUUUUUCUUUUGUAAUGUUUUUAUAGGUUGUUUUCUAUAUUGAUUUUGGAUUGAUGCCUUGCUCCUUAUGGUAAUUCAUUCGAGUACACUAUUUUAAAAAUAUAUUUCCUUUUGAUUUGAAAAGAAUCAAUUGGUGAAUAAUGAUCAUUGCACAUGCAUAAACAUGUAGACUGGGUUUGAGGUCAGGUCUAAAAAUCAUUUAUGCAGUAUCCGAUCUCAAUUUAUUUCCUCUCUAAUUUUUAUUUGUUUUUAG